AUGGAAUACCCGCCCCAAGACUUCAACUUUACCUUCAACAACGACCAGCACUUUCCGACGCUGGACUUGGACUUUCAGCCACAGGGCUUUUCUACGGCGUUGCCUUCGGCGACCAGUUCAGGAUUCGCGGCUGCGUUUGCACCCUUCCAUCAUCCGUUACCCGAUCCUCAGUACGCCGCCAAUUACUCGACAGAUCCCAGGUUUUGGCCGCUAUUCAAUGACCUUGGUAAUACCUCUCUGACAGAAGGAAUUCUGUCGGACGGUACCACCAAUACUGCUACCACCAACACUGCUACCACCAACACUGCCACCUCUUCCCCGUUUCUCGACGGUCAAACAGGAUAUGAGGGAAACGUGUCGAACGUUGUGUACUAUCCUCCAUACCCAACCAAUAGCCAUGUGGGCCCUUUUACGAUGACCGGGGACCCGUCCUCAUGCGGGCCAGCUCGACCCUUGCAGCAACUUCCCGUCAAUACUGUGUGGGAUGGUCCGUCUACCAACAAGCGCCGCAAGAGGCCAGCGUGUUCGCCAGUCCCAGAAGAUAGAGGCCGAGCCUCGAACAAGAAAUUGAAGGUUGAGGAGCGCCCAUAUUGUCAGCACCCAACGUGCGUUGAUGAGAACGGCCAACCGAACAAAUCCUUCAGCCGCCAAGCCGACCUGAACAGACACAUUAAAUCUGUACACGAAAUCACAUAUAUCGAUUGCACAGUCAAGACCUGCAACAGGAAAGGCACCAAUGGCUUUACGAGGAUGGACCACAUGAAAGAACAUUUGCGCGGCUAUCAUAUGAUUCAUGUCGAUAAACGCAAGUCCCACGACAAACAUGCACAUCCCAUCCGGAAGAAUGAAACCGCCAUUCAGGAAGUUUUCGAGAACGGCAAUAUUCAAACCGCCAUUCAGGACGUUGUCGAGAACAGGGAAAUUAAAACCGCCAUUCAGGAGGCUAUCGAGAACAGCAAGAUUGAAGCCGCCAUCCAGAACGCUAUCGAGAACAGCAAUAGGGAAAUUGAAACCGCUAUUAAGGACACUAUCGAGAACAGCAAUACCAACACCGGCUGGAAUCAGGGCUUCAAGUUAGUCUCUCCCACCAUCCCUUCUCUCUCUACGGAGUAUGUGCUUCUCUUUGGUGACCACCGCGGCUAA